CAUGCGCAGAAGCGCCUCCGGAGCCGUGAACAUGGCGGAGCGGUGGCCGGAGUGUGUGAGGAGUGUGAGAGGAGUGAUUUUAGACAUGUGUGGGGUUUUAUACGACAGCGGAGAGGGAGGAGGAGUGCCCAUUCAAGGCUCGGUGGAGGCCGUCAGAAGGUUAAAAUCCUCAGACCUGCAGCUACGUUUCUGCACUAAUGAAACUCAGGCCACGCGAGAGAAGUUUGUAGCGAAGCUGCAGCGUCUGGGCUUCGACAUCGACGUCAGAGAGGUUUUCUCCCCCGCUCCGGCUGUAGUGUCCAUCCUGAAGGAACGCUGCCUCCGACCCCACCUGCUGGUGCAUGACGAUGUGCUACCAGAGUUUGAUGGUGUGGAUAAAUCAGAUCCGAACUGUGUGGUGAUUGGAGACGCUGCUGAUAAUUUCUCUUACCAGAACACGAACGCUGCUUUUCAAGUCCUCAUCUCACUGGACAGACCGUUGCUCUUCUCCAUGGGCAGAGGACGUUAUUAUAAGGAGACGGACGGCCUGAAGCUGGAUGUUGGAGCGUAUAUGAAAGCUCUGGAGUAUGCGUGUGAUUUGGAGGCGGAGGUGGUGGGCAAACCUGCACCCAUGUUCUUCCAGAGUGUUCUUAAUGACAUGGGAAUCCAACCCCAUGAGGCAUUGAUGAUCGGUGAUGAUCUAGUGAAUGAUGUUGGAGGAGCUCAGCAAUGUGGUAUGAGGGGUCUCCAGGUUCGGACGGGUAAAUACAGGCCGAGCGAUGAGAGACACCCUACCGUUACUGCUGAUGGAUACGUGGACAGUCUGGCCUGCGCUGUGGACGCCAUACUGAAACACCGCCGCGUUUAGAGACGAACCCGUCCCUGAUCUCAGACCUGCUGAGAGGAACUUUAAAAUGCUGAUUAAAACAAAUUACACUAACACUAAUUAAUUAUUAAUUAUCUGUGUACAUCGUCACAAACUAUGUUCUCUUAAAUGAGCUCAACUGCUGUUACUUAGUAGAAGGAAUUAUUAAAAAAUCGCUAGUUUCUAUUUGUAUUACGGCAGGAACAUGCACUACAUUGUUACGAAUAAAGGUAUAUUUAAGGUACAUUA